AUGGCCGCCGAAGCGCAGUGGAGGGAGCAGUUUGCGGCCAUGCAGACUGCCCUGGCGAACCUCAAGCUCCCUCCGGCGUCCUCGCUGGAUGCAGACGACUGGGACGAUGACGAUCUCAAGGGCAAUUCCUCCGGAUAUAGUGACCAGGAUGUCUGGGACUUCAUCUCCGACUACGAAGACGACGGCUACAGCAGCGACUUUAUGGCCGUCGACGAUGCCGACCAGGCCUCAGCUCACGGCAAAGAAUGGUUCGCCAGCAAAUGCUCCGACGUGGCGACUAAAAACGGCCUGGCGCCCGACGUUUUCCAGACUCAAAUCACAGGGCUAUUGAGAUCCGGCCAGCCAGAUGAGGAGUUGCAAGCGCACCUCACGGAUCUGGUUGGAUUCGAUGACCUCGAGUUCAUCAUUGAGAUCCUAUCCCACAAAGAAGAAAUCAUGGCCACCUCGUUUGCCCAAGAACAGCAGGCCGGAGAAGGGCCGCGACUCCUGACUCGGUCGCAGCGGGAGGAGGCUCUGCGCCGCCAGGACGCCGAGCACAAGUCUGCUGCUCUCGCGCCAAGCCACUCCAACGAACCGCAGUAUCCCCAUGUGUACAAGUCAUAUCACGCCGGCAACACCCUGAGCCUCUCCGGAAAGAAGUAUGGCCUGCCCGUCGGUAGCCAACGUCUCCAAUUCGACAAAAAUACCUUUAAAGGCUACAAGACGCUGAACCGGAUGCAGAGUCUUGUGUACCCAGUUGCGUACAAGACGAACGAGAAUAUGCUCAUUUGUGCCCCGACUGGAGCCGGUAAAACGGAUGCUGCUAUGCUCACAAUCCUCCACACUGUCGGGCAGCACGCCAUGCCCAGCCCGAUUGAGAGCCCCGCGACAACCGAGUUCGCCGUCGAUGUCGAUGACUUCAAAAUCGUCUACGUCGCCCCCAUGAAGGCGCUGGCUGCCGAAGUCACAGAGAAGCUGGGCAAGCGACUCGCUUGGCUUGGCAUCAAGUGCCGCGAGUACACCGGGGAUAUGCAGCUUACGAAGUCUGAAAUUAUCCAGACCCAAAUCAUCGUCACGACACCGGAGAAGUGGGACGUCGUCACGCGCAAGGGCACCGGCGACACGGAACUCGUCCAAAAAUCGUUGGUGGCCCGGACAGAGAGGCAAGUGGAGAGCACGCAGUCGCUCAUUCGCAUCAUCGGCCUGAGCGCGACGCUCCCCAACUACGUCGACGUUGCCGACUUCCUCAAGGUAAACCGAUACGCGGGUCUCUUCUACUUUGACGCGUCAUUUCGUCCUGUGCCGCUGGAGCAGCAUUUCAUUGGUGUCAAGGGCAAGGCAGGCUCCAAGCAAUCAAAGGAGAACCUGGACAAUGUCGCCUUCGACAAGGUCAAGGAGAUGCUCGAGCGGGGACACCAGGUAAUGGUUUUUGUGCACUCGAGAAAAGACACAAUGGUGACGGCCAAGAUGCUUCACCAAAAGGCCAUGGAGCAAAUGUGCGACGAUCUAUUUGAUCCAAGCGGGCACCCGCGCUACGAGCAGGCUGCCCGGGACAUGAAGUCGUCUCGUUCCAAAGACAUUCGCGAACUGCUCGCUAAGGGCCUAGGAAUACACCAUGCCGGCAUGGCCAGGGCGGAUCGAAACCUCAUGGAGCGCCUGUUUGGUGAAGGCGUCCUCAAGGUCCUCUGCUGCACCGCCACGCUCGCGUGGGGUGUCAACUUACCCGCAGCCGCCGUCGUGAUCAAGGGGACGCAGGUUUACAGCGCCCAAGACGGAAAGUUUGUUGAUCUCGGCAUCCUCGAUGUCCUUCAGAUAUUUGGUCGCGCCGGUCGACCUCAGUUUGAAGACACUGGCAUCGGCAUGAUUUGCACGACGCAAGACAAGCUGCAUCAUUACCUCACGGCCAUUACGGAACAAUUGCCCAUCGAGUCCAAGUUCUCAUCCAAGCUGGUCGACAAUCUCAACGCCGAAAUCGCCUUGGGGACCGUCACGUCCAUCCAAGAUGCCGUGCAGUGGAUCGGGUACUCGUACCUGUUCGUGCGCAUGCAGAGGAGCCCGACAGCCUACGGCAUCGAGUGGGCUGAGAUACGUGAUGAUCCAACCCUGGUCCAGAGGCGACGGCAGCUGGCGAUGCAGGCAGCCCGAACGCUUCAGCAGUGCCAGAUGAUCAUCUUCAACGAGCGGACGGAAGAGUUGCGCAGCAAGGACAUUGGAAGAAUCGCCAGCCAGUACUACAUUCUCCACACCAGCAUUCAAGUAUUCAACGCCAUGAUGCGGCCGCAGGCCAGCGAAGCAGACAUCUUGAAGAUGAUUAGCAUGAGCGGGGAGUUUGACAACGUGCAGUCUCGAGACACCGAGGCAAAGGAGCUGACGCACCUCAAGGACAAUGUCGUCCCCUGUGCCGUCGAUGGAGGCAUUGACACGGCGCAGACAAAGACGAACAUUCUGCUCCAGUCGUACAUCUCGAGACUGCAGCCAGAGGACUUUGCGCUUUCCAACGACAUGAACUACGUUGCACAGCAGUCCGGCCGUAUCUGCAGGGCUCUGUUCAUGCUCGCGUUGAACCGCAGGUGGGGGCACCAGUGCCUCGUUCUCCUGACGCUGUCCAAGUCGAUUGAGAAGAGGAUCUGGCCCUUCCAGCACCCUCUCCACCAGUUCGACCUGGCCAAGCCGGUUCUCAACCAGCUGGAUUCCAGGGAAAACCUGACGGUAGAGGCCAUGAAGGACAUGGAGCCAGCUGAAAUCGGAGGCAUGGUGCGCAACCACAGUGCCGGCAAGUCCAUCGCCAAGAUAUUGAACCACUUCCCGACCGUCCACGUGGAGGCGGAGAUUGCGCCUCUGAACCGGGACGUGCUGCGCAUCAAGCUCUAUGUCAUCCCCGACUUUACGUGGAGGGAUCAGAUCCACGGAACAUCCGAAUCCUUCUACGUCUGGGUGGAGAACUCGGAGACGUCGGAGAUUUACCAUCACGAAUUCUUCAUCCUCAACCGAAGGAAGCUCCAUGAUGACCAUGAGCUGAACUUUACCAUCCCCUUGUCGGACCCCUUGCCGACCCAGAUCUACCAUCUCAUCCGGCCGGACACGGAGAGCUUAUACACGGAGCUGCUCAACCUGCAGCCGCUGCCCAUCACUGCGCUCAAGAAUCCCGGACUUGAAGAAAUCUACUCCAAGCGCUUCCAGUUCUUCAACCCGAUGCAGACCCAAAUCUUCCACACGCUCUACCACACGGCCGCGAAUGUCCUGCUCGGCUCCCCAACCGGUAGUGGAAAGACGGUGGCAGCCGAGCUGGCUAUGUGGUGGGCGUUCCGGGAACGACCCAAGUCAAAGGUGGUUUACAUUGCCCCCAUGAAGGCCCUUGUCCGCGAACGUGUCAAGGACUGGGGAGCCCGCCUUGCUCGGCCGCUCGGACUGAAGCUGGUGGAGCUUACCGGCGACAAUACUCCAGACACGAGGACGAUCAAGGAUGCGGACAUUAUCAUCACAACGCCCGAGAAGUGGGACGGCAUCUCGCGGUCUUGGCAGACAAGAGGCUACGUCAGACAAGUCAGCCUGGUCAUCAUUGACGAGAUUCAUCUUCUUGCUGGAGACCGGGGCCCGAUUCUGGAAAUUAUUGUGUCGCGAAUGAACUACAUUGCGUCGUCGACAAACAACGCCGUCCGGCUGCUGGGCAUGUCGACGGCCUGUGCCAACGCGGCCGACCUGGCCAAUUGGCUUGGAGUUAAGGAGGGGCUCUUCAACUUCAAGCACUCUGUGCGUCCGGUUCCUCUGGAGCUGUACAUUGAUGGGUUUCCGGAGGUUAGAGGCUUCUGUCCAUUGAUGCAGUCCAUGAACCGGCCCACGUUUCUCGCCAUCAAGAACCACAGCCCGAGCAAGCCCGUCAUUGUCUUUGUGGCAUCUCGCCGGCAGACACGCCUCACAGCCAAGGACCUCAUCAACUUUUGCGGCAUGGAAGAGGAUCCGCGGCGCUUUCUGCGAAUGGAUGAGGACGAUCUCCAGCUCAACCUUGCCAGGGUCAAGGAUGAUGCACUGAAAGAGGCCAUCAACUUUGGAAUCGGACUUCAUCAUGCUGGUCUUGUCGAGUCUGACCGUCAGCUCGCCGAGGAGCUCUUCUUGAACAACAAGAUUCAGAUCCUGGUGGCGACGAGCACUCUAGCCUGGGGUGUCAACUUACCUGCCCAUCUGGUCGUCGUCAAGGGCACGCAGUUUUACGAUGCCAAGGUGGAGGGCUACAGGGAUAUGGACCUGACCGACGUCUUGCAGAUGCUCGGGCGGGCAGGGCGCCCACAGUUCGACACCUCAGGGGUCGCCCGCAUCUUCACGCAAGAUUCCAAAAAGGACUUUUACAAGCAUUUUCUCCACACGGGGUUCCCGGUCGAGUCUUCGCUGCACACCGUCCUCGACAACCAUUUGGGUGCCGAAGUGUCGGCCGAGACUGUGCUCACCAAGCAGGAUGCGCUCGAUUACCUGACCUGGACAUUUUUCUUCCGGAGGCUGCACAAGAACCCGUCGUAUUACGGGCUGCAGCUCUCUGCGGAGGAGCACAGCACCAUUGCAGCGCAGCAGAUGGCCAACGACUACAUGGUGGAGAUGGUGAGCAAGUCGCUCGACGAACUCGCCAAGUCACAGUGCGUCGAGGUGUUCCCCAACGGCGACGUGGAGUCUACGCCCAUGGGCAAGAUCAUGAGCUACUACUACCUCUCCCACAUGACGAUCCGCCACCUCGUCCGCCACGCCAAGGCGCAGGCGUCCUUCCUCGAUGUUCUUUCUUGGAUGUGCCGGGCCACCGAGUACGACGAGCUCCCCGUACGCCACAACGAAGACCUCGUCAACGAUGCUCUGUCGGCAAACUUGCCCUUCCCCGGCCAUUCGUUCGGACUGCCCAUGUGGGAUCCUCACGUCAAGGCUUUCCUGCUGCUCCAGGCACAUAUGUCGCGCAUCGACCUGCCCAUUACGGACUACGUGGGUGAUCAGACGAGCGUGCUGGAUCAGGCGAUUCGAAUCAUCCAGGCCUCUAUCGACGUCCUGACAGAGCUCGGUCACCUGUCGAGCUGUCUGCAGAUGAUGCGGCUCAUGCAGUGCAUCAAGUGCGCUCGCUGGCCGACGGACCCGCCGCCCUCGAUCCUGCCCGGCGUCGAGCCCGAGUCUGCCAAGGACGAGACAACCAUCGCCAAGAUGAGUGCCCUUGCGCCCGCGCAGGUCGGCCAGCUCGCCGAGAGCCUAGGCGUCCCGCCUGGCCAGCGACCCCGCUUCGCCCGUGCCGUCGCCUUGCUGCCCAACGUGUCCGUCUCGGUCAAGGGAGUCACCGCCGUGUCGCUCACCGUGGAGCUCAAGCGGCUCAAUGCUCUGGCCGACAAGGGGGCGCGCAUCUUUGCUCCAAAGUUUCCCAAGCCGCAGACGGAGGGCUGGUUUGUCGUCCUCGCCGACGUGGGCCGGGACGAGGUGAUAGCCAUCAAGCGCGUCGGGUGGUCUGCCGCCGGGAACAACAAGGGCUUUGGCCAGGGCAGCCGCCCGUCGACCAAGGCGACGCUGAAGUUGCCGGACCUAGCGCCGGGCCAGGCUCACAGGAUGGACGUACUCGUGGUGAGCGACGCGUACGUGGGGCUGGAGCACCGCGUCCUGGGCGUAGAAAUACCGGCGCCACCGACGGUGGACGACGACGUGAAGUCGGCAAAGGCCGUUAUGGGGCCCUCUUCUAAGGGGUGA